UUCUCUAAUUUAUUUAUUUAUUUAUAAAUAAAUGAAUCUCUAUCUCCUUCUUUACACCUUCGUUUUCACUUCCAUUGAAUUCAGAGUAUAUGGUGGUAGAAACAAAACCACACUUUCAAACAAUAAAAAACAUCAUGGAACUGAACUUGGAUUUGACUUUGUCCUCUGUCCCCAAAACCGUUUCUUUUUUCCUCAACGGCGUUUCUCAAACCAAAGACAUUUCUCACAAACUUUCCAUGCUUGAUGAUUUAAUUCAGAGAUUUGAAGAAGAACUCAAAAAGGUGGUAGCUUUCAAACGUGAACUCCCUCUUUGCAUUCUCCUCGUAAACGAUGCUAUAGUAAGAUUGAAAGAAGAAAAAGUUCGGUUAAUGGGAAUUAAAGAUCUAAAUUAUGAAGGAAAUGAAAAUGGAAAUGGAAAAGGAUCCUUAACAGUGGUAAAAGAAAACUGUGAUGAUAAUAAGAAGAAUUGGUUGAGUUCAUUUCAGCUAUGGAACACUGAAAAAAAAUCGAAUGAAGAUGAUAAUGAUAAGAGCAAUGGUGAAGGGGUAUUUGGGGGAUUUAAUGGAAAUUCGUGUGUGUCAUCGAAAGGGGCUACUCAAGUUCCAAGCUUUAGUUUAGUGAGUACUCCAGUGUCUGAAGUGAGUAAUGGAAAUUUCAAGAGUGGUGGUGGUGGUGGUGGUAGUUCUGCUUCUUCUUUGCUACAGAAUAAUCAACCUCAGCCACCACAACCUUUGCAGCAGAAUCCUAGGAAACAAAGGCGAUGCUGGUCGUCGGAGCUUCAUCGUCGAUUUGUUGAUGCUCUUCAACAACUUGGUGGAGCACAUGCAGCCACUCCUAAACAAAUUAGAGAGAAGAUGCAAGUGGAUGGAUUAACAAAUGAUGAAGUGAAAAGCCAUUUGCAAAAGUACAGGCUUCAUGUUAGAAGAUUCCCAAUUUCUUCAAUUGAGGAAGCUAAUAAGCUAGCCUUAUAUAUGGCUCAAGAUCAAUGUGGAGGAGAUAUAUCAAAUUCAAAGGGAAGCUUAUCAGAGUCUGUUUCACCACAGGGUCCUUUAACUCCUCUUCUCAUUGGAGGAUCUGUUGCAAGAAACAGUGUUGACGCAGAAGAUGAACAAUCAGAUUGCAGAAAUUGGAAAAGUGAGAUCCAACAUGAAGCUGAUAAUCACAGCCUCUAAAUUUUUGCAGACAAUAUACAUAUUAAUGUUAUAAUAAAACACAUAGAUGAAGACUGAGAAUUUAACAACAUAAAAAUAAUAGUAUAUCUAACAAAGAGAACAAUAGAGAGAUUAAGUUUUAUGUCAUAUGUUAUAGUUAUUUUAGACUGUUCUGGAAUCUGGAAAAAGCUGCUGAUAUAUUUUGCAGAAUUUUCCCAUCUGAUAUUGAAGUAGUUUUUUGUUAUUAAUUUUUUUUUACGUUGAUGUUUAUGCUAUUAUAACUAGUACAGUUGAAUGUAACUGUAUUUUACUUUAUUUUAUUUAUAGUACAAUUUGCAUAGAUGAAUUUUUAUUUA